AUGGCUCGGCGACGUAUUGCUAUUGCUCUCUUGCGAAAUGAUCUCCGGGUGUCGGAUAACCCUGUACUCUACGCCGCUCGCGAUGCCCCCGGGACAACCCACCUUCUCCCUCUGUUCGUGUUCGACGAACGCCAGGUCGAACUUAGUGGAGUUCAGGAUUUAAAGAGGUUCAUCGACCUGAAGAUGAGCCCCUUGUUGAUGCCAAAACUCGUAUUUGUGGAUUUUGGCGGACUGGAAGGCAUAGGGCCCGCUUUUUGGCUCAGACGUCCGGAGAAUGUAGUUCCGCACCUUGUGAGCGGGCUUCAAGAACGAGGUGACACGAUUGAAGGCGUCUGGUUACAACAAGAAUCAGCUUCGGAAGAGGUUACGGUUGAAAACCGCCUCUCCCGCGCUCUAAGGAAGCUAAAAACUACUCUUCAUCUUGACGCUGGAGCUCGUACAUUGGUGCAUGCAUCUGAUCUCCCAUUUCAAAUACCCGCUCAGCUUCCAGACGUAUUCACCGCAUUUCGCAAGCGCGUAGAGGGUCUUAAUGAGAAGAUGGUUCGCCAAGUCUUACCCGACCCAUCAAAAGGAGAAUGGAAACCAUUUCCCACUCUCGAACGCGAGGCGCAUACUGCGUCUAUUUUCGCCCUCCCUAAUGAUGUGACCGAGGAUCCGUUUAUUGAACAGCUUAUCGCCCCUCUCGUACGCGAGCCUGUCCAGGGGGAUACAAUUCAUAGGGUGGCAUUCUACGAUGUCGCAGGCUCAGCAUUCCCUUUUAGGGGUGGCGAAUCGGCUGCUCGCCGACGGUUAGAUUAUUAUUUUGGUGCGGGCGGAGUAGGUGAGAACUGCCCCGCGACAACAUACAAGGAAACAAGAAAUGGAUUACUGGGAGCGGAUUAUUCAACGAAAUUCAGCCCAUAUCUCACUUUUGGUUGCCUGAGUGCUCGCGAGAUAGCUGCCCGAUGCGAUGACCUUGAAGAUAGACUAAGAGACGCUGAAAAGCUGACCGACGUAGCCAGAAAAAAUAUUUAUUGGAUCAGGUUCGAGUUGCUCUGGAGGGAUUACAUGUUUUUCGUCAAUAUGAAAUAUGGUAAUGACCUCUUUAAACCCCAAGGCCUACUCAUGGCAGUUUCCCCCAAUAAUACGAAAUUGAAAAACGAUUGGACCCAAUGGAAAGACCAAGACGACAAAUUGCGGGCGUGGUUCGAAGGUCGUACCGGAGUUCCGUUUGUGGAUGCAUGUAUGCGUGAGCUUACGGCGACAGGCUAUAUGUCCAAUCGAGGACGUCAAAACGUGGCGUCUUACUUGGCUAAAGACUUGUACUUUGACUGGCGGAUUGGAGCAGAGUUUUUCGAAUCAUUUCUACUGGACUAUGAUCCGGCUUCUAACUACGGCAAUUGGGCUUACGUUGCUGGUGUUGGAAACGAUCCCCGUGAAGGACGCAAAUUCAACGUGAUCAAACAAGCAAAGGACUAUGAUCCAGACGGUGAUUUUGUCAAGCAAUGGGUGCCGGAGGUUUCCGGUCCAGAGCUCUCUGGCUUCCAACGUCAUAUACCCUGGCAAUUUUGGUCCACAAGCGAGGACAAUGGGGGGUCGUAUCCUCGAUCGCCCAUCGUCGAAGAUUCAAGCUGGAAGAAGUUUUACAUAGGGGGAGUCGAAAAAGACGAAAGAGGUGCUGGAGGACGAGGAAAGGGUCGAGGACGGGGUCGGGGUCGAGGCGGAAGAGGUGGUCGUGGACGAAACAGCAGAGUUGGUUGA